AUGUCCACUCAAAAUGACGCAGCCUCUAUCGCACGCCUCUCUUUGCACGAUCCAACCCACUUCGACAUCCAGUACUCUCAAACACUUCACCGUCUAGCGGUCCUACAGCACUGGAACAUCCCUACUGGUUCGAAAGUGUUAGAACUAGGAUGCGGACAGGGCGAUUGUACGACUGUCCUUGCACACGCUGUAGGCUCUCCAUGGACAAUCGGUCAAGCACAGGAUCACAUCUCGCAAGGUCCGUUGGGAGCGAGGAUUUCUUGGAUCCAGCAAACACCCCUGGAUUACCUUUCUUCCUUACCAUGCCCUACUGCCAUCUCCCCGCCAGCCGACAGCAACAGUAAGGUUUUCGAUGCAACAGUGCUCGUCCACUGUCUCUGGUACUUCUCUAAUCCGGCUCUAAUCCUCUCCACCUUUUGCGCCCUUAAGCAGCAAGUUAAACGUCUCCUGCUCGCCGAGUGGUCGUUAGUAGCAUCACACGCGUCCGCCCAGCCUCAUGUGCUAGCUUCACUCGCCCAGGCAGCGCUCGAGUGCAGCAAGGUCGAGAGUACCUCGAACAUCCGCACGGUGCUGGCACCAAAACGGCUCACCGAGCUGGCCAUAGCUGCAGGGUGGAAGUUAGAGAAGGAGACGCUCGUGCAAAAUGAGAAAGGAUUGCUGGACGGGCAAUGGGAGGUUUCUGCGUGUCUAUCUUCCUCUUUCGAAAGAGACGUAGAGGAGCAUGUAGGGGAUGAGAGAGAACGGGGAGUAGUUUUUGCACUACGAGAUGCGUGUGAGGCAAGCUUGCAGGGCGUACAAGGGGGCCGGAAGGGAGUUAGGGCUAUGGAUGUUUGGGUUGCUAGUUUUGCUUAA